CUGUUUUUCAGAAGGGAAGCAGCAGGAGCAAUAACUGCUAAUGCUUCUCUGAACCUCUGCGGACAGAUACAUAAACCCCGAGCACGGGUUAUCUCAGUUCAUGUUCUUAACAGCCACGUGGAAGAGGAAUCACUGUUAUUUUCCAUCUCGCAGACAAAGAACCUGGUGCUGAGGGAGGUGGAGUACCUUUACCCUGCUGGUACAGCUGGUCAGUGACUACCCGGGAUUUGAAGCCAGUUAGACUGGCUCCAGCAUCUUGACCAGGUUGCUGCAGAAUUAAGGCUCUGGCUUCUAUCCAGCUGAAUGACUUUGAAGAAAAUAUUUGUUGUGGCCUUAGUUUCCUCGUCUGUAAAAGAGAGGGGUGUGUAAAGUGAGCUUCAAGAUCCCCACCAACUCUACGGGUCCAUUGCCAAAUCAGUAUCUAUCCAUCACAUCUAUGCUACUGUUGUCAUUCAUUGAUCCAGUGAACUACAGGAAGUGAAGGGGUGGAGUGGGAUGGGAGGGGAUGGGGAGCUUGCUGGUUCUACACCAGUGUCUCCCUAACAGGCGCAGUGGCUCCAACCGCAGCAUCAUGCCCAGACAAGUAGGAUAGCGGGUGAUUGCAGCAGUGAGAUGGAAUCAGGGCCACUUUUAGCCCCAGUGGCUGCCCUGGGUUGAUCUGUUAUUCGGACCAGUAACUUUCCCCCAGAAGCAUCCUUACUGCAUUAACCUGCAACUGCUCGCCAUUUCCUGAGUGCUGGCGGCACCUGGCACAGGUGAGCGCUGAGAAUCCCUGUGUAAUGUGACCAGACCUGCUGGGCGUCUCUUCCUGGUUCCCCUGCAUGACACUGACUGAUACUUCCAGGAAUUCUGCCGCUGCCCCCAAGCCUUUGUUCUCUCUUCAGCGUGAGGAAGUGGGAGAGGGGGUUGGGUGAAAAGGAGACUCCUUUGAGCUCUGUGAAAUGAUCUCCAACCUGAAGAUGUCAGGGUUUUGGAGAGAUGGCUAGUCACUCCACACUCCGUAGACAAUCCUGUGCCAGCAACUCCAGUUACCUGACGCUCUGUGUGAAAUGGGAACCACUUUUGCUCUCUGGGAAUAAUGACUAUCACGUUCCCCCCUGGCAGGCAAACUAAGGUAUGUUUAUUUCACUUAGGCCUUGACCCCGACCCUUUCAUGUUAAAAGUCACUCCUAGAUUCCUUCUGCCCUCACCUCAUGCCCCCCAAGUCUAAUUCUGAUUUCCGUCUUCCCAGAGCCUGCACGUUCGCAUACGUGCCAGGCGACACCAUCAGCAACUGCCUGAUUUAAUCCAGAGACCUUCACCUCCCUCACCAUCUUCUUCUUCCCUCCGAUAAUUUACUUAGGUAUGUCGCAAGGGUGUUCUUCCUUAUCUGUGUCUGUAUGUGCCCAGUAGAGAUAACUCUGAAAUGGAAAGAAGUGGCAGAGAAACAGGAAGAGAAAGAAACCCGAGGAGCCAAAAUCCUCAGUGCGGUGGUUUCCAAGAACUGCUAGCCGCUUGCGGGGUUAAUUGGAAAAAGUAGAACCACUUAAUUCAAAGAAGGCAAGGGGGACGCGUGAGAAGAGACGGGAGAUGCGAUCGAUCGGCUUAGAUGGGAUGGAGGGGGUGGGGCGAAGCCGGAGAAACAGCCCGGGAGAAAGGAGACGUCAUUCCGGACCAGAACGCAAUUUGCUGAGACCCGCUGGCGUCUUGUAUGCAAAUGACCAGGGCUUCCCGGAGGCCGGGCUGAGCCGGGCGCGCUCGGCGGCUCGCCGGAGUCAGCGCCGAGGCCUGAAGCCCAUCGGCGGGGAGGGAAGCAUCUCCGGCCGUCGCCGAGGGAGGAUGGACGCGACCCAGAAGCGGAGAAAAAAUGAGGAUUAAAGCACUCGGGGGAAGGAAGCCCUCUUGAGAAGCUGUCGAAAUUCAAGGCGGGCAGAAGAGGUCAAUUCGACCCUCUGACCCUUGUGGUUUCAGGGACCCCUCGAUUCUCCAUCCUUGGUGAGAGAGUCCUUCUCCAGGGAAGUGAAAAUAAUGAACUUUUGGAGGUAUUACCUUUUUGCUUCCACUGUGUUCAGUGUGGUGAUUUUUGUGGUCCUUUACAAUAGCCAGUUAAGCUCGCCAAAAAGUUAUGGGAAGCUGAACAGUUCCAGUGAAAGGUAUUUUCAAAUACAUGCCUGUAAUUACGCCUUAGAAGACAAGUCACCCUUUUUGUGGGAAAAGACAUUGCCAUCACCGGUGGGAAGUGUCCCUUGCAAGGACUACCUGACCCAGAAUCACUACAUCACAAGCCCCCUGUCAGAAGAAGAAGCUGCGUUCCCCUUGGCAUAUGUCAUGGUUAUUCACAAGGACUUCGAUACUUUCGAAAGGCUCUUCAGGGCUGUCUAUAUGCCCCAGAAUGUCUACUGUGUGCACGUGGAUGAGAAAGCCACCGCUCAUUUUAAGAAAUCUGUGUGGCAGUUACUGAGUUGCUUCCAAAAUGCUUUUCUGGCUUCCAAGGCAGAGCCUGUGGUCUACGCAGGAAUUUCCAGGCUCCAGGCUGACCUGAACUGCCUGGAGAACCUGAGGACCUCAGAGGUGCCGUGGAAGUACGCCAUCAACACCUGCGGGCAAGAUUUCCCCCUGAAAACCAACAGGGAAAUCGUUCAGCAUCUGAAAGGCUUUAAAGGGAAAAACAUCACCCCAGGGGUGCUGCCUCCCGAUCAUGCGAUUGGACGGACCAAGUAUGUCCACCGAGAGCACCUGAACAAAGGUGGCUCUUUUGUGAAAAAUACUUAUAUUUUAAAAACCUCACCUCCACAUCAGCUGACCAUCUACUUUGGCACUGCCUAUGUGGCACUCACCAGAGAGUUUGUCAACUUUGUCUUCCAGGACCAAAGGGCCAUUGACCUCCUACACUGGUCAAAAGACACAUACAGCCCUGAUGAACAUUUCUGGGUAACACUUAAUAGGAUUCCAGGUGUCCCCGGCUCCAUGCCAAACGCGUCGUGGGCCGGUAACCUCAGAGCCAUAAAGUGGAUGGACAUGGAAGAUAAACACGGAGGCUGCCACGGCCACUACGUCCACGGCAUUUGUAUCUAUGGAAACGGAGACUUGAAGUGGUUGAUUAAUUCAUCAAGCCUUUUUGCCAACAAGUUUGAGCUCACGACGUACCCCCUUACUGUGGAAUGUCUUGAACUGCGGCUUCGAGAGAGAACCCUCAAUCAGAGUGAAGUUGCGAUACAGCCCAGCUGGUAUUUCUAAUCUGCUGCAGCUCAGGGCUGGAGGGAAAUUGCAGCUGGGAAGGAGAGCCUUUCUUUGGGAGAGAACUUUGCCUAGAGUUAAAUGAACAGUUUGAGGACCACAGUUACGGCUUCAGGACCCGACUACACUAUUACAUAUUAAAAUACCUACUGGACACUGUGAAAUGCACUAUCAGGAUGGUUGCACAGAGUGAUCCCGGUGCUCUGGUCACACUGGCAGUUUCCUGAGGCUCCCCUCUGUAUCAGGCUAAAGUUUUGAUCAAUGAUAAAUGUAACUGUCAUCAGAUCUUUGCAUCGGAUACUCAUGGUAGAUAAAUGCUCUAAUGAAAAGGAGAAUUGUAGGUAGUACUGUUUAGGAAAAUAAGAAUUGGGUGUCUUUGAAGAAGGAAUCUUUCAUAACAGAUCGAUAGCCACACAUUAACGGACACUCCUUCUCUUUGCUCAACCGCACUUAGGCGUAGAAACCGUUUUCUGAGUAACUCACCAAACUCCUUUAAAACUUGACUGAGAACGAGAUCUUGUUCCUGCGUUGCAGCAGCAGCACUUUCCAGUUUCCUGUGUCUUAGGUUCUUUCUAGAAUGUAAAGUCGUUCGCAGGAAACAGAAUUGAAGACGGCAGUCACUGCCUGCCACUUCAGUAAAAGGACCCCGCGAAUCAGUUUCUUGAUGAUUUGUCAGAAUGUGCUCCGAUCCCUCUUGCAUCAUUUUCCAUUGAGAACAAGGAAGAGUUCUCGAAGAAUGAAGAUAUUCCUCCAAGACAGGAAUUGCAUAGGAAUGGUUGCAUAGGAGAGUGAAUUACCGUCCUUCUCUGCUGCCACCCCUCGCCCCCACCAAAGUGAUGUUACCUGCAACAUGGAGACCGAGUUGUAGCUGUGAGCCCUUCAGGAAUCCAGAAUGUUCCCCGGUAGCUUUGUCAUGCCUGGUGCUGAUAGGGGUGCCUGGGUUUUUAAGAGCUUUCACCUGUGGGCGAAACUCUCUGUCACUUACCUUUUGUCCCAUUCGCCCAUCCAAUUCAUUCAUUCAGGAGUCAGUCAAUAAGCAUCUCCUGGGUGUCUGUUAUACAGCUGACACAUGCAGAGACAAGGAGGAGGAGAAAAUCAGAAGCUGUUUCACUCUAAACAUCUUGGCAGUAACGUCACUGUUGGAGAGGCUGCUCUAAGAGAGUCUAGAAUCUGGUUGUGUUUUAUUAACGCACGCAUGUGCGGGGUUGCCGGUUGUGAUAUCGAGCCGAGGGCAUCGUCAACUACACAGUGAGGUCUAAAUCGGGGAUUAUUCCCGAGAGAGAAGUGGGGGACGAGGCAGCAGCUGCAGCGGAUUGCGUUCUAGGUGUCCUGCCAGCAACUUGACACCUCAUUGCCUUCCAGCGUCACGGCUCUCUUGUGAAGCUCGCGUUGAUCGCCCCAUUUUGCAGGUGUAGUUAGUGAGGCUCAGACAGGGUGGUCGUAAGCACUAGGGAACAAGUUCUCUGAAAAUCAGGAUUCCUUUCCUGGUCUGCUUAGCUCAUUGCCUGAGGUGGGCCACUGGGAGAAGGUGACAUAAAGCCAUAUUUAGUAUAACAGAUUGGCUUCAGUGUUAAUAUUUGAAGAAAGAUCUUGUCACCUCGGGAGAAUGUGAAGUCUACUUUUGUACUCCGCUAUCUAUUGAGUGCCGUAAUAUUUAUUCUAAUGAAAAACAGUGACUACAACUCAUGGUACACUUAAUGAAUGCAAUUUUAUUAUUUUUUUCUGUCCUUGUGCCUGUUGAAUGUUGGUUACAUUUAAGGGAAUGACUUUGAAGUAAAGCCUUCUUUUCUCCUGCUACUGAAAACAAUGAAACUGUACUGGGUAAUGAAAUGUCAAAGGGUAGGGAAUACACCCAGAGCUAAUGGUAGAAUCGAAACGUCACCGUUUUUUGUUUUUUCCAGCUUAUUUACAUGACGCCCCCUGAGAAGAAGGAAUGUUUUAUACUGGAUCUUUCUCAUGUGGAACAAGAAAUCUUUUGGAAUAGAUGUUUACAUGUCCAUUGCUGGUCAUUUCUUCUAUGUCUGAAGUGCUUUAAUAUUGGAAGAAUGUCGUGUUCGGACUAGUGGGUUUAGGCUAGCCCAUGAGAUGCCUUUGUUUUGAUGACGUUCCACGUUGUUUUCUUGGAAAUAAAUUAAUAUAUUGUUUUCCA